AUGAAGUUCGCGGUGACGAUAUAGCCAGAGUCCCGUCAUGCUCUGCGCUGUCUCCAUAGCGACCCAAGCGCGGGCCUCUACUCUAGGCCGCGGCGGCCUAUCUUCGAGCCGAAUGCCUGAAUGGGGCCCGGAGCAGCGCCGCGCUCGCCGCCGCCGCCGCUGCUGAGGCCCUUGGCGUUGUGUCUGUUGGUGCUGCCGCUGCCGGUUGCUCCGACCACGGCCGUGCCGACCCCGACCCCCUCCGUCUGGGCAACAAACCCAGAUGGGGCCGCGACGGGGCCGCAGCCCGAAGGGUUCUCUAGCACGACACCAACCCCAGGGGUCUCCUAUCCAGCCCCCGAGACGAGCCAGGGCCCCUCCUCGGAAUCCAGCCCGAGCAUCAGCAGCCCCGCAGAGACCUUGGGGCCCAGCCCCGCAGGGACCCGCGGCCCUCCCACCCCACAGGAACCCACCUCGACUCCCCGUCCCGGUCCUUGGCCCCAGCCGGUGACGGACGUGGCCAAACUGUGCACCUGUGACCUCUUGGUGGACCAGUGCGAUAUCAAUUGCUGUUGCGAUCCCAUCUGCACUGCAGCAGAUUUCAGCCUUUUCACAACAUGCUCAGUACCUGUUGUCACAGGUGACAGGCAGCUCUGCAGACAGCAAGAAGCCCUUUAUUCAAUAGAUACAUCAGCCCACCCUCCUCAGAGGACCCAUCAGCUAGCCGACAAGGUCAACCCGAGUGUUUUCUGCAUUCAGACUGUCAACUACAAAGCUGCAUUGUCCUUCCAACCUCCAGAAAUACCUACUUCGGAAAAUUUUGAUGGAUUGCUCCAGAACUAUGGUGGGGUUACCUUUAGCACUGAAGUGGAUGUUGCAUCAAGUGUUGAAUCAACAACCCGGAGCGCUGCUGAUGCCAAUGAAACUAGCAGAUAUGAGUACAGAGAUCCAAUACAGACAGCAGAUGGUUUUCUGUGGAUUCCUGCUCCACUUUUCUUCUCCCAGUGUGCUGACACCAAUCCCGCAGGGUUCCUGAUAAACCAGGCAGUGAAAUGCGUCCGGAAGAUCGAGGCAAAUGAAUGCGCCACCACUCCGGCUCUCAGCAUGGAGUUCUAUACCAAUUCUAGCAUUCUGGCUGUACCAAAGUCAAGUCAAAGGGUGAACAUCACCAUCCAGUCCAUAACCCUGCAGAACCUACAAGGACUGCGCACACGCCUUGAGAAUAGCGCUGUGUUACUCCCCACGUUGCAGGGUCAGAUGUGCAGCAAUGUGGUUCUUGAGGUGAAGUACCUGAUUACUUUCACAGAGGUGGGCGAAAUCACCGAUGUGGCCGCAUCUCUUGUCCUGGCGACUAUUGACGUAACUGUUGGUUUCAUCCGGCAAAGCUUUGAAACCAACUUCAUUCCGCAAAACAUGAAACCUGUUGUUCUUAGUGGGAAUCCUGGCUAUGUAGUUGGGCUGCCAAUCAAAGCCGGAUUUAGAUCUUCUGGCUCUGGAAUCGUCCAGACAAUGAAUGAAGACGGCCAGCUCACCAUGUUGAAAAGCACCUCCGCUCAGGAUUGUUUAGCAGUGGAAGGAAUCAGAACUCCGGUAUUGUUCGGGUACAACAUGAUCUCUGGCUGCCAGCUACGGAUCACCAGGGAUGCCAAUUGCCUGCUUUUGGCCCCAGCCCUGCUGAAUGUCCUGAAAGGGCAGAACUUCCCAGACUGUGUGGCUUCUUUUGGAAACUCUGAGCCCCAGAACGGACUCGACUGGGUGCAGGUUGUUUACAACGUCAGCCAACCAGUCGAUUCAGGAACUGGAAAAACCAUUCCGAUCCUAAGUGCUGUUACUUUUCUCGAUGUUUCUGCACCGGCUGAGCCAGGCUACAAAUCUCCGCCAACUGUUGAGGCCAAAUUACCGUUUGACUUUUUCUUUCCGUUUGUUUAAAGUAGGUACAGAGUCAGAGCUGCGUGGCCCGUUUUGUUUUGUUUUAAGGGGGAGGAAUGAGAUUUGGGGGGUGGGGGGUUGAUCCAAGGUUGGGCUGACUCUGUUUCACAAACCAAGUUCUAUCACCUGCUGCUCUUGAGAGAUUGUUUGUCCCCAGCCCUCUCCCUUUCAAAUAUGGAACCAGCCUUCAUGUUCUUAUUUGCAGAAAAUGUUAGAGGAAGAAGCCCUGUGUGGGAAGCAAGAUGGCUCUCUUCACCCCCAAUCCAGUUGCAGUGGCCAUGCAAUUGCAAUUGCAAAGUUGCAAUUGGCCAUGUUGGCAGGGGCUGAUGGGAACUGUAGUCCAUAACAUCUGGAGUGCCAAAGGUUCGCCACCACGGCUUUACACUCAUCUUUGAUGAUCUGUUAAAAGGUCGCUCUGGAACCCCACCUUAAACCUGGGCCUUCAUUUUCAUUCUCUGUUUGCAGGAGGGGUAGCUGCUUACCAGAUGUCAUUGCAAGCACCUUCACUAUCCAUCUCCCACUGGUGGAAAUUCUAAUGGGACCCUCUGCUCCAGGGCUCUUGUUCAGGUUUCCCUACAAGGAGUGAAAACAGUGCUGACAUGAAGCCUGCCUUUGCUCCACCAUCACAUCUACCCCAUAAGCAAUACCUCAUGCCUGGGCUUGAGCCGCCCUCACUUGCAUUCCAAAAGAGGAACCAUGUUGCCAGCCCAGCCUGUGGAACACAAGCACCACCAUCUGUGCAGGUGCCCUGUUGUAGCUAUGACCAUUUAAAAAAUCCAGAAUAAGAGCUUCUGUGCAGAAAACUCGGGCUGCCCACAGGCCUCUGCCCAGCUUGCCCCAAUGGCUCAGUUUCCUUGCUUACCUUUGCUGUUUAAGAGAAGCGGAUGCUGUGUGGAGUCCAGUAAGCUUUCCUGUUCCCUAGUGUGCAGAUCUAACCUUUUCUAGCGGGUGUGUGGUUGUGACGUGGAGGCCCUUGUCCCCACAUGGCCCCCCUCCCUCAUCGGAGCUGGUGCAAGCAUUCAAGAAGAUGACCACUCUCAUGCUGGCAUCUCUGAGCACAAGAAGAGAGACCAUCUUCAGCAGGGGCUGGAGGCACAUCGGUUGCCCCUCCGGCUCCCUGAGUGCACCGAGGCAGACUAGAAUCCUCUCACCUGCCCCGAGACAAAGGGUUUGGGAGAAGUCUUCUCUGCCUAUCAGUACAAAUUGUUGUUAGAGGAUGAUUUGCCUCUGGUGAGCUGGAGUGUGCGACCUUUGGAAGAAGCACAGUUGCUUUUUAACCUUUUUUGAAAUGUAUUGCUCUUCUACUGUUUUUCUAACAGUGAGGAUUUGAUACUCGAAAACUGGUUGCACUGAAAAUAAAAAAAUGUCAGCUACCUGGAUAAGUGAAAAUGAAGAAAACUUGUACCAACAGGCUACAAUGAAGACUUCAAAAAAUUAGUCCUCCCACUAACUUAUGUUUAUAUAUAUU